AUGUCACACGCUAAGAGAGACAUGCUCAAGGAUGAUGGACAGCUACUUUGCCCUAGAAUUCAGCAGCAGUUAGAAAAGCAUAAGGUGUGGGCAAGAGGUUGGAAUGUCUUUUGGGAUGGGGGAUUUAGCUAUGGAGUCAGGGAUGGUUCAACACAAUGCAAGUAUGUGGUGAACUUGGCACAAAGGACUUGCACUUGCAAUGCUUGGAAAAUGAGUGACAUUCCAUAUAAACAUGCCAUAGUUGCCAUUUGGAAGAAGGUUGAUGAACCUGAAGAGUAUGUCAGUGAAUAUUUCAGAAAAUCAACUUAUGCAAAUGCAUACCAGUUUUUGCUUGAACCCCUAAAUGGUCCACAAGAGUGGCCUACUUCACUGAACACAGUCAUCCCCCCUCCAUUAAAAAAAGUCAAUCACAGACCUAAGACAAAGAGAAAACCAAGUGUUAGGGAAGUGACUGAAAAAGUGAAACCGAAGAAGUUAGGUGUUGCAAUGAAUUGCAGUUUAUGUGGAGUUCAAGGACACAAUAAAACAACCUGCAAGAAUGCUCCCAGGGAAUUAAAUGGCAAUGUUGGAUCUAAUCAUCAUCUAAACAAAAAAUAA